UACCCAAUCCCAUCUUAUUACAGAGAGUUUCUCAGCUGUGGAUCUUAGUUCCAUUUAUUGCACCCCUUCAUUCCGUAGCUGUGAAUUAAAUUUUUGCCCAUUUCAUUGAUUAUAUUACAGAAAUAUUACUGUGAGAUGGACAAGAUGGUUUUGAACAGUGAUCUCAUUACAGAAAUCUUAGGGCGUGUGGAUGGCAGAACACUUGCAAACGCAGGGUGUGUGUCUUCCCAAUUUUGGUGUAGUGCAAGGCAGGAGAGUAUAUGGGAAGACGCAUGUUCGACUCUCUGGCCCUCCACAGUGGACACAGAUGUUAAGCAACUCAUCUCUUCUUCAUUGGGGGGGUUUAGAAAUUUCUAUGCACGCUGCUUUCCCUUCAUUGAUUAUGAUCAGUCUGGGACAAAUUCAAGGUGCUUGAAGAAUCUGGGUGAUGCUAAUAAACCAUCUGAUUUUGUGUGUCUUGUGGACUUGCAAUACAAGAAUAAGUUCAUCUAUUCUCAAGUUUUGUGGGGCAUCCCUGCUUCAAAAGAUUUUGAGGGUUGGUUCUGCAACUGCCCAUUUAGGAUUGAUCUCAUUAACUUUGAUGAGGAUCACACUAGCCCAGAUCAGCUGCCCACAAUUCUGCUUGGGGAGAUUGAGAAGGGCGGUGAAUUUUGGGGGCACCUGAUGGAAAAUAUUAGGUUAAGCUGGAUUGUGAUAAACAGGAAAACAGGGCAAGCUGCCAAUCUUUCAAGCUGGAGUCCCUUGAUUGGACAAAAGCAUUCGUCCUCUGACAAGGACUGUGUCAUAUGCUUUGGCUCUAUAUUGCCUGCUGAAAACAUAUUGCCUUGCAAAGUUGUACAGUGUAAGUUUGUGAUGAAGUGUAGAGUUUCACAAACUGAUCAUACCAGCUUGAAGAUGACUGAACUGAGUAUGCAGGUGGAAGAUAUCAUGGGAGCUCAUGUUAAUGGGAGAAAUAGUCUGCUUAUUUUAGAAAGAGGUCUGUAUUGCAGGAGGAGUAUGAACCACAAUAAGAUGUUGGAAUGUUGUGGAAAAUACUUGAGAGAACAGAGAGCAGUGAAGGAAGAACAGAUUAGGAAGGAAGGACGUCUGGAUGCUUUCUUUAUUCUAACUGGCAUUAUUACAUUCGCUUCAUUUUGGUGUUCUGUCUUCUGACUCUCUUCCCUCGGAGGAUUAUAUAAUAUAAAAGUAAUAAAUAUGAUAAGUUUUCGAAUGAAAAUUUUUCCUUGUACAAUUAAA